AUCUGUAGGAUCUGAUAAUGCUGCGUGAUGGAUUUGAUAUCCUGCUACCCAAGCUGGCUCGUGUCAUAGACAGACUUGCGAACUUUGCAGAGAAAUACGCUGACCUGCCGACUUUAGGCUUCACCCACUAUCAACCAGCUCAGCUGACUACAGUCGGGAAGCGUGCUUGUCUGUGGCUGCAGGAUCUGGUCAUGGACAUGCGUAAUCUUCAGCGUGCAAGAGAGGACCUGCGCUUCCGGGGCGUCAAAGGAACCACAGGCACUCAGGCCAGCUUCCUGCAGCUCUUCCAGGGGGAUCACGAGAAGGUGGAGGAGUUGGAUAGGAAGGUCACUGAGAUGACUGGUUUUAAAAAAUCAUACCUGGUGACGGGUCAGACGUACAGUCGUAAGGUGGAUAUCGACUCGCUCUGUGUGCUGGCCAGCCUCGGAGCCACAGUACAUAAGAUUUGCACUGAUAUCCGUCUGUUGGCUAAUCUGAAAGAAAUCGAGGAGCCGUUUGAGAAAGAGCAGAUUGGUUCCAGUGCCAUGCCGUACAAGAGAAACCCCAUGCGUGCGGAGCGCUGCUGCAGUCUUGCUCGUCACCUGAUGGCGCUGGUGUCAGACCCCCUGCAGACAGCAGCAGUGCAGUGGCUGGAAAGAACCCUGGACGACAGCGCUAACAGGAGGAUCUCAUUGCCUGAGUCCUUCCUCACAGCGGACAUCAUCCUCAGCACUCUGCAGAACAUCACUGAAGGACUGGUGGUGUAUCCUAAGGUGAUUGAGAGGCAUAUCCGUCAUGAGCUGCCCUUCAUGGCUACUGAAAACAUCAUCAUGGCCAUGGUGAAGGCUGGAGGAAACAGACAGGACUGCCAUGAGAAGAUUCGGGUGCUGUCCCAGAAAGCUGCGGCUGCAGUCAAACAGGAAGGGGGGGAUAAUGAACUGCUGGCUCGGGUUCAAGCUGAUCCAUAUUUCACCCCCAUACUCGGACAGCUGGACUCCAUACUGGACCCCAAAACCUUCAUCGGCCGAGCCCCACAACAGGUUACAAGGUUUUUGUCUGAGGAGGUCAGGCCUGUUCUAGAGCCAUACAAGAGUAAAAUGGAUGUCAAGACUGAACUACAGCUCUGAAACAAACACAUACGUGACACAUCAGAACAGUAUUACAAUAAAUAAGGUGUUCAA